GAGAGAGGGGGGAGGCAGGAGGAGGUGCGAUCGGUCAAAAUGGAAGCUGCUCUGAAGAGGCUUGGCCUCUCCAACGACGGCAGGAGUAUGUUCCUUGCGGAUCUUUGCAGCAGCAGGAGAAGAGCUACGAAGACUGCGAGUGCUUUCUCUUCCUCCUCUUUCAACGCCUCCUGGAUCCGAGCGGUCCAACCUCCGAGAAAGCCCGCCUUCAGCCUCUUCAUCUUUGUUGACAGGAAAUCGCUCCUAUGGGCUCCUGUCUCCUCUUCUGCUUCUUCCCUUACCGCAUCCACAGCUGCGCCCGAGGCAGAGGAGGAAACUAGUGAUGGUCAGAUUCAGACCGGAAUUCAUCUGCAGACCGCGCGCGUGAAAUUCCUUCUGCGGAAGGAAUGCCUGUUCGGUGAGCAAUUUCUUCUUGUCGGCGACGAUCCCAUGUUUGGUCUGUGGGACCCGUCCAAGGCCAUUCCUUUGGAAUGGUCUGAUGGCCAUGUCUGGACGGCUCAGCUGGAUGUACCUGUCGGGAAAGCAAUUCAGUUCAAGUUUAUUCGACGAGGCUUGGCAGGGGAGAUCACUUGGCAGCCUGGCCCUGACAGAAUCUUGAAGAUAUGGGAAACUACGGAGACUAUUGUUGUUUCACCGGACUGGGACAAUGUAGAGAAUGAGGAGGAACUGCUAGCCAUUCUGACAGAGGAAUCAAUCGUCAUGGAGGGGAAGCCUGCAGCCGGCGAUAGUAGAGAUGUAACUGCUGAGACCCAUCUGCAGAAGAGUGAUGCUACAGAGAUCCAAGGAUGCUUGACCGACGAGAAUCUCUCAGAAGGCAUGGGUGAUGCGAAGAAACAGAACAGCUACGAAGCGGAUAGAAUUCUGGUCCCUGGCUUGGCGCCUCUUCCUGUUGCAGAGACAGCUUCAGUUUUUCCUAAAGAUGCAAUGACUGGUGGGAUGGUUUCCGAUGCUUUGCUUGCAUUCAAUGAAGCUGAGGUCUGCAACCCAUCGCAGUUAUCUGGGGAGGAAAGGAAACCUGACAUACCCGAAGGAAACCUGCUUGAUGAAGAAUCCUCAAUACUGCCAGAAACCUCUAGUGGUAAUGAUUCUGAAGAAACACAGAGCUAUGGUGGUGAUUUCUCCGAGGAAAAACUUCAUCUAGAAGGAUCAAACUCUCAAUCAACAGCUGGUGUCAUAAGGAACGACAUCCAGUGGGGCAGGAGAACACUGCACCAGCUUCUUCUGAAUCUGGGUUUCAAUAUAAAUCCAACUGAAAGUGCUUGACAUCCAAGCAUAGAUUCAAUUUCAUCUUUCUCCACAUUUCAGGAUGGCUUCGUGCAGGUAAAAACGGGAGCUUUUCAAUCCCGUGCUUUCAUCGCGUACUUCUUUCAGCUGUAUGUUACUUUGUUCAUUUUCCUGUCAUGGCUUGCAGAUUUUUGUAGCAUGCAGCUGACGGUACCAUGUAAUAUGGCUGUGGAUUUGUGUAUGAACUGUUGUAUGGUAGUUCUUGACCUGCAUGUAAUGAUAUUUUUCAUUGCUAUGAGCAAACUUUA